CUCUCAUCACCUAUUCAUUCUCAGCAAGACUGGCUGUCAUUUGGUUCACCUGAAUGGGAUGUGGUCCAAGGGAUGAUCAACAGGUGUCUGACCCCAAGGACACAGCAGGGACUCUACCCGUGACCCCAGGGAGUCUGUCUCCCACCUACCCUCAUGUCCAAAUGAAGAACUUGCCCCCACCCUGCUCCUACCCCUCACGGUGAAGGUCAGCUCCCCUUCUCUUCCCCCACAUCCGGAUGACGGAUUGAGGACAGGGUGGGGCAGGGGUGAGGUACCUGUGCCCACCCCUAUUCCUCUGCACUGGGGAGCCUCCCCUCCUGGGGGAGGAGGGCUUGGGAGGGGCCUUGAGGGUUUAUAAGUCAGGGCUGGAACACCCAGCAGAGCAGAGGAGUGAGGCUCCAGGCCAACAGCAGCGUCACACACCUCCCAGCUCUGCAGACAAGAUGCAGCGACUGUGUGCACAUGCGCUGAUCUUGGUGCUGGCUCUGGCCGCCUUCUGCGAAGCUUCUUGGAAGCCCUACUCCCAGCUGCAAGAUGCACCCGUUGCUCCAGGGGCCAAUAGGGGCCAGGAGCCACUCAGGAUGGACCGGCUGGGCCCAGCCUCGCACCCCCGGAGGCAGCUGGGGCUUCAGGAUCCACCACAUGUGGUCGCAGACCUGUCCAAGAAGCAGGGGCCAUGGGUGGAGGAAGAGGAAGCAGCUUAUGGAUGGAUGGACUUCGGCCGCCGCAGUGCUGAAGAAGGGGACCAACAUCCCUGAGAACCGAGCUUUGGAGCCCAGUCACCUCCCAGCCCAGCCCAGCCCCCAUGAAACACACAUCAAAAUAAACUAGCUUCCAGUGG